AUGGACGAUUACGUGGAAAAUUUGGAAUUGGAGCUCGGCGAAAAGGACUUCCUUAUAGAAAAUCUGCGCCGUCGAAAUGAUGAUCUCCAUCGCAAUAUCGUGGAGAUCAACGCCGAAAAGCUGAGAACCAAGCGGCAGUUUGAGCAGUCUAAAACGAUCUACCAGAACAUAAAAUUGGUCAUAGAAGAGAAGCACUAUAUUAACGCGCGCCAAGAAGCAGAAGAGAAAGUUCAAGUACUUUUGGAAAGAAUCAAGGAGCUCAGUGAAUUCAGAAUGCGUCAGGAAUAUUUGGAAAGAAGGGUCGUAGAUCAAGAUAAGCGAUUUGAGAAACAGCAAGAGUAUAUCAAGAAGCUGCAAAAAGAGACGAAGGGAAACAGUACUUCGAAAGGAAAGGUUGCUCCGCCGACACCGUACGACAGUCUGAAAACGAACGACGCCAUUGUGAAAAGAGCGCAGGCCGCAGUUUGA